AUGUGGACGCCAAGACCGACGACCCAAGCUCCAUCGUCGUCUGGACCUCCGCCAAACCUCCGCAAUACCGCGACCCCAGGCAGUUGCGCCAAAUCCUCCACAAUGGCGUUCGAUUCCAACGGUGCAGUCCCGCCGCCUCCUCCGCCUCCCGACGACGGCAUCCCUCCUCCUCCCCCGUCCGACCCUAUUCCGCCGCCGCCUCCGAGUGAUCUUUCCGCACCACCUCCGCCGCCCCCGACACCUCUGGAGCCGGAGCUUGGGCCUACGCUCGCAAAGAAGAAGGGACCGGUUGCCUCGAAACCAAAGAAGGACCCUCUUAGUAUCGAGGAGAUCCUCAAGAAGAAGAAGGAGGCCGACGCCGCCGCUGCGAAACCAAAAUUCCUGUCCAAGGCCCAGCGCGAGAAGCUCGCCCUCGAGAAGCGCCAGAAGGAAGUCGAGGAGCAGAAGCGCCGGUCUGAAGCCGAGAGGAGGGGCAACAACGGCGUGCAGGAAAAUGGCAGCGCGGCAAAAGGCGCCAACGGCCCCGCUGCCAUCCCUACCGGCCCGCGCGCCAUGCGCAACUCCCAGCCGAACAAGGGUUACGACAUGGCUCCUCCACCGCCGCCAAAGCCCAUGGCCAUAACCCAUGGCGGCAAGUCUGCGGGUGAAAAGGCAGGGGAAAAAAGGCAUAAUCCAGAGGAGACGGAGAAGGACCUUAUUCGCCAGCGGUACAUGGGCGCAGAGCAAAACAUGUCGACCUUUUCGGCGAAGAAGAAGCGCAAGAGAACGACGGAGAAGAAGUUCAACUUCGAAUGGAACGCUGAGGAGGACACGAGCACGGACUACAACCCGCUCUACCAGACCCGCGCCGAAGCUGGUUUCUUUGGUAGAGGCCGUUUGGGUGGCUUCUCCGACGAUGUGGUGGAUAGUGCCACCAAGAAAUACGCACAGGCUCUCAUCGAGCGGGACAAGGAGGCAGGCGCUGUCCGCGCAGCCCAAAUUGCCGAAAUGGAGAGGAGAAGGAGGGAGGAGGGAGGCCGGGCGGCAUUGGAAAAGCACUGGAGCGAGAAGAAGCUGGAUCAAAUGCGGGAAAGAGACUGGCGUAUCUUCAAGGAAGAUUUCAACAUCAGCACCAAGGGCGGCUCUAUCCCGAACCCCAUGCGGUCAUGGGACGAGUCCGGGCUGCCCAAGCGGUUGAUGGAUGUCAUCAACAACGUCGGCUACCUCGAACCUUCACCCAUUCAGCGCGCCGCCAUCCCCAUCGCCCUCGGCUCUCGCGACCUCAUCGGUGUUGCCGUCACCGGUUCCGGUAAGACGGCUGCCUUCCUGCUUCCUUUGCUUGUCUACAUCUCCGAGCUGCCUCCUCUCAACGAGUUCACAAAGAACGACGGCCCUUACGCCAUCAUUCUUGCGCCCACCCGUGAAUUGGCCCAGCAGAUUGAGAUUGAGGCAAAGAAGUUUGCUACUCCGCUUGGCUUUACUUGCGUCAGUAUCGUUGGUGGUCACUCGAUCGAGGAGCAGGCCUACAACAUGCGCGACGGCGCCGAAAUCAUCAUCGCCACCCCCGGUCGUCUCGUCGACUGUAUCGAGCGCCGCGUGCUGGUGCUCGGUCAGUGCUGCUACAUCAUCAUGGAUGAAGCCGACCGCAUGAUCGAUCUCGGGUUCGAAGAGCCGGUCAACAAGAUCCUCGACGCCCUCCCGGUCAACAACGAGAAGCCCGACGACGAGACGGCCGAGAACGCGGUGGCCAUGAGCCAGCACCUCGGCGGCAAGGACCGCUACCGGCAGACGAUGAUGUACACGGCCACGAUGCCGUCGGCGGUCGAGCGCAUCGCGCGCAAGUACCUACGUCGCCCCGCCAUCGUCACCAUCGGCAACGUCGGCGAGGCCGUCGAGACGGUCGAGCAGCGCGUCGAGUUCGUCGCGGGCGAGGACAAACGCAAGAAGCGGCUGCAGGAGAUCCUCAACUCGGGCGAGUUCACGCCGCCCAUCAUCGUCUUCGUCAACAUCAAGCGCAACUGCGACGCCGUCGCGCGCGACAUCAAGCACAUGGGCUUCAGCAGCGUCACCCUGCACGGCUCCAAGACGCAGGACCAGCGCGAGGCCGCCCUCGCGUCGCUGCGCAACGGCCAGGUCGACGUCCUGGUCGCGACCGAUCUGGCUGGUCGCGGUAUCGACGUGCCGGAUGUGUCGCUUGUGGUCAACUUCAACAUGGCGACGAACAUUGAGAGUUAUACGCACAGAAUCGGUCGUACUGGUCGUGCGGGCAAGAGCGGUGUAUCCAUCACGUUCCUUGGGAACGAGGAUACGGACGUUAUGUACGAUCUCAAACAGAUGCUCAGCAAGUCGAGCAUCUCGCGCGUGCCCGAGGAGCUCAGGAAGCACGAGGCGGCGCAGCAGAAGAGGCAGAGGGGUGGCGGCGGCGGCAAGGCGUUGGAUGAAGGCAAAGGCGGCGGGUUGAGAUGA